AUGCAAUAUAACAAGACAAUCAGCAACUCAACCAACAUACGAGAGAUCUCUGACAUAAUUUCAUAUUUAUCACAGCAUAAGAAACAUAGCAGAACAGAAGAGAUUCAUCUAAAGUUAGGGCUGUACUGUACUGUACACCACCCAAAACAUUAUUCAAACAGUCCAAUGGCCACCGAGGCUUUACCGUCGAAUUCUCCGUCCGCCAAUCAACCUUUGGUGGUCAAACAAGAACAACCACAGGAUGCUUGCAGCGAGAUUAGCGGGAUUAAGGAGGUAAAAACGGAGACGACAUUAGACUCCACGGAGGCAGAGCCAUUGGAGGGCUGUAUGGAGGUGAAAAGAGAACCACAGGAUGAUGAUCUUGAACCAAUUGAUGAAGUCCAAGUGUCAAUGGAUUCAGAGUUUCCUCUUUUGCCACCUAAUGUACUCACCUCCGUCUACCAGCUGCAGAAGCACAGAUCUCAGUUUUUAAUCAAUCUACUAGUUUUGGUCUUGGAUCUUCUGGUUCUUGGAUCAUAUCACCCAUCUUUAUUCUUUCCUUUUGUGCUUGAUAGCAAAGAACAUGUUGAGAAAUUCAAAAGGUAUGAGGCUGAAUUUAGACAAUAUCUGAUGUCAAAGUAUUUCUCGGACAAGACUAUUUCUGGAGGCAAUAUAUUCGACGUGAAGAUGAAUAUAGACGGACAUACUAUUACUGCUAGCAGGUUGCCUCCCUACCAAUCUUAUCUCGACCCAGCUACUUUCCAUGAACUAAUCAGCAAAGAAGUGGGUCCUUCAGCUGAAACCCCAUCAUCAACUAGCACUUCAAAUGGGAAGCCUUCGAACUAAGUCAGCUGACAGCAAGGAAUUCCCUGUAACCCUUGUUUAAUUUCACCUAUAUACUGUGUUUGUGAGAAAUUUUAUGUCAAAAGUCCACAUGCCAUUUGAUGUACUGCUUUU